AAUAUAACCCUGACCCAAUCCUGAUUGUAAGAUUACUAGGCUUAUUGUAAAUGAACUAUUGGGCCAAUAGUGGUAUGACAAGCAGAAAUAUUCACAACUUUUUUGAAGUUUUUGUUCUCCUUGAUACACAAGUAAGCCAUCACAAAGCAAACCGCGGGAAUGUAGAAGCAACGUUGGCAAAGCUGUUUAUUACCCCAAACAAACACUCAUCCUUUUCCUACCCAUUGAAGGAAUAGUGGUUAAAUACUUGAAUUCAACCCUCUUGCUUUCUUAUUAGGACACAAACCCCAAACCCACAUCCUUAAAGAAUCACUUUAUGCAAACCCCGUAAGUAAUCCUUUUCUCUUAUCCAACAUAUAUACAUCUUUAUCAAUUUCUACGCAAAUCCAUCAUAACCAUAAUCAUGUCUUUAAGUCCUCCAAGAGAGAGAAUCAACAACCAACGUAGGAACUUCCAACUCUACUGGUGCUUCCAGUGCAACCGCACGGUCCGCGUCGCACCUGAUAACUCCUCCAAUUUAAUAUGUCCACGAUGCUUCGGCCAAUUCAUAUGCGAAAUCAACAUACCAACACCAAGACUCGUCGUAGACUUCACCGCACACGAUCCCUCCCCAGAAUCGCGUUUACUAGAAGCACUUUCCCUCAUGCUAGAACCACCCAUCCGCCGCUUCAACCCUGAAACCCAAACCCGACGCCCACGUCGUUCCACACAAGAAGUUCCCGUACACCGCCACACAGACGAUCCAGUCCGAACCGAACCCGAACCCGGAAUCCAACACCGCCCUCGCACGUGGGUCAUUCUUCAACCCAUCGGUUCUCCCAAUUCCGAUUCAAACACAUUCCAACCCGUUAUUACACGUGGACGACAGGGACCAUUGCCACGUGGCGUUGAUGCAAGAGACUACUUUUUCGGUCCCGGAUUUAACGAACUAAUCGACCAGAUAACAGAAAAUGAUCGGCAGGGACCACCGCCGGUGCCGGAAAGAGGUAUAAACGCGAUUCCGACGGUGAAAAUCGAGAGCAAGAAUCUGAAAGAGAAUUCUCAAUGCCCUGUUUGUCAGGAAGAAUUUGAAAUUGGUGGUGAAGCGAGGGAACUUCCAUGCAAACAUAUAUAUCAUUCAGAUUGUAUUGUUCCAUGGCUUAGGCUUCAUAAUUCUUGUCCAAUUUGUCGUCAAGAGCUUCACGUAUCUGAUGAAGAUGAAGAAGGGGAAGGUGAAGGUAGGUUACGUAGGUGCUUCAGGUGGACUCGACUUUCGUCUAUUUGGCCUUUCAAUGGAAGGUAUCGAAGAGUUCACCCUCAAAGAGACAAUGGUCAUGCUUCUUCUUCUUCAAGGGAUUUUAAUCCAAGGCGGCACUCUUGCAUCAUUCUUUAAUCCAUUAAAUGAUUUGUUUCAGCUUGAGGCUCAGUCCUGAUUACGACUUCAACUUGUAAGCCUGUAAUCGCAGUAGACAAGAAUGCGUUUUGCAGGAGUUAAAAGGCCUUGCUAUUCAAAACAAACUAAAAUUGCCUUUCAAGUUUCCAUCAAGUUGAGAAUCGAUUUCAUCCUCAAAAGCUCCCCGUGAAGUUGAGCAUCCGUGUAAAACAAGUCAUCUAUUGUUGUAAUUGAUGUUUCUCUUUCACUUAAUAGAGGUUACAUUUAUUUAUUUAUUAUCUAAAAAUGUAGAUAGUUAAAUAGGCACAAACAAGUAAUUGCAAGUGUAAUUGUCGCUAGAUUAAGAUAUUGGUUAAACCAUGAUUAUGCAAAUGUGUCUGCUGUAA